ACCCUCCUGAUUGCGGAUGCACGGACACGCCUGGCACGCCUGGGGCUCUUCUGCAGCGUUUUCACCAUCAGCAUGUACCUCUCGCCACUGGCCGACCUGGCCAAGAUUGUCCGGACCAAGUCAACGCGCUGCCUGUCCUUUCCCCUGACUGUCGCCACCUUCCUGGCCGCCAGCAGCUGGACGCUGUACGGCCUGCAGCUCCGUGACCUCUACAUCAUGGUGGCCAAGGCAUGCUCUCCCGUCCCAUCCUAG